UUUUCUCUCGAAUUCAUCAAAACGCUGUUUUAGGUUGUCUAGAGUGCUUUUUGAAGGUCAGUAUUGCUUGAUUGAUUUUAGCCUGCCCUAUAACAUUUUUAUCCUUGGGACAUUCUAGGGAAACUUUUUUUCUGUCCGUUUCCCGAAAACAUGGCAGCUGUUGCUUUUUCACAUUUAUAUCGAGAAAUCUGUAGGUCUUGUAGAUGAGGUAUAUACGAGCUAGCAGCAAUAUUUUGACAACAAAAAAGACGAAACUGGUCUACACUUAAAUAAAUAUAAAAAUAACUGUACCGUGACAACUGAGUUUGCUGAGAAUUUAAAUUUCAAAUUUUGUGAAGGUUAUGUCCACGCAGUCAUCUGUAGCUGUUUCUUAAAUAAACGACUGAGUGAGCAUUAUUCAGCGAAAUAUACAAGCAUAGCUCAGUAAAAUCUCAAGUUUUUCAGAAAGCUGCUGAGUAGUAUGGGUGAAAACCUAUCAAAAAGUAAAUACACUAAUCCUGUAGCUAUAUUGUACGAAGCUGCUCGGGAUGGUGCGGUUGUUGUACUUAGUGAUGUUCUUCAGCGGAUGAGCAUCAGUGAAAGAAGCACCGCUUUAGAAACGAAAACAAAAGAUGGCGACCAAAUCACCACUCUCUUAAUCAUCGCCGCUCGCAAUGGAAACCUGGAUUCUGUGAAGACGCUUCUAAGAUACAAAACAGACAUCGAAGCUCGAGGAACUGUAAAAGUUCACGACCAAGUUAUUCAGGGUUGUACAGCUUUGUGGGCUGCCGCUGCGACUGGACAUCUUGAUGUUGUUAAAUUGUUAAUCGAGCGAAACGCGGAUGUCGACGCCAGAACAUUGACAAACUCGACUCCUUUGAAGGCAGCUGCUUACAUUGGACGCCUUGAUAUUGUAAGUUGUUUGGUUGAAAAUGGGGCCGAUGUCAAUGCAGGUAACAAUUUUGGGCAUACCCCAUUGAUGACAGCAUGCUACAACGGCCACAUAUACGUUGUCACCUAUCUUAACGAACGUGGGGCAAAUAUGGAUCUUCAAGACAAACAAGGCAACACCGUCCUGCACUAUGCUGUUGAAACGGGCCACUUUGAGAUUGCCAAUGAACUGCUCGCUCUUGGGGCGUCGCAAUUGUCAAAUAUUCAACGGUUAACACCACUUCUUUUAGCGUGUACUAAGUGUAAGAUUGACAUGGUGGAGUAUUUUAUAAACAGGCCAGAAUGUACAAAGGAACAGAGAAUUGAAGGACUCGAGCUUCUUGGUGCCACUAUUGCCAAUGAACCUGAUGUUUAUGACAUCGAGAAAGCAUUUUCAUACAUGAAGCGUGGCAUGGAAGAAAGGGUUCAAGAAAAAUCGUGCCCCCUUCUAAAAAAGCAAAUGGAACCUCUCGAAGUUUAUCAGAAUAGAAAAGAGAGUCAAACUCUUGAGGAACUUGUUCUGUUAGAAGGUAAUGGUCAUGCCAUACACAUGGAGGGUCUUAUAAUCAGAGAGAGAAUCCUUGGAACUGAUAAUACAGAACUUCGCCAUCCAAUUAGAUACCGUGGUGCGGUUCUUGCUGACUCAGAGAACUAUGAACUAUGCAUUGGUUUGUGGGACCAUGCAAUGGAGAUAGAUCAGCGUUCUAAUAAGUCAGUCAGAGAAGAAGAGUUAGAAAUGAUGGCAGACUUAUUUGGCGAAAUGGUGCGCAAGAAAGCGCUUUUGAGAUCAGAGUGUGUAGACAGAGUGUUUGAAAGACUGGUUAUAGAAUAUGAGAGACAAACAGAAAAGUUGAUGUCCAGUACAGCGAAACUGGAGGAACAUGAAGCCAAUUUGCUUAAAGAGGAACUAGAAAAACUGAUUUAUUGUGCUCUGUAUUUAUUAAUGAUAUACACCAAAGUCCAAGUUCCAGAACGUAAGGAGACCACAGGCAUUUUUGACUUGCUGCAAAGAUUUCUUCGUUUAAACCCUCGCACUCGUGAUGGAAAUACGCUUUUACACUUGGCUGCUUGGUAUAAAACCGAAAUUAAAGAGGAACGCGUGCGCCUUGUAUGCAAGCUUUCUUGUGUUGAGACCAUGAAGCUUAUUAUGCAUGCAGGCUGUAAUGUGAACGCCAUUAACACCAAAGGAAACAGUCCUCUUCAUUUAGCUGUGACUUUUAAGCCCUGCUGUAAUGUGAACGCCAUUAACACUAAAGGAAACAGUCCUCUUCAUUUAGCUGUGACCUUUAAGCCCAGUACCGAAAAUCUUCAGCUGUUAAUGGAUGUGUUAGAGAUAUUGUUUGAUGGAGGAAUCCACGAGGACCUGGUCAACAGUGAAGGCAAAACAGCUCUGGAUAUCGCUGAAACUGAUGAAGCACGCAGGAUCCUUUCUGUGAAGAGCAGACUGAGGUUGAAAUGCAUCGCUGCCAUAGCUAACCUCAAGUUUCUCACAAAGCUUCUGAGUAGUAUGAGUGAAAAGCGAUCAAAAAUUGAAUAUACGGAUCCUGUUGCUAUAGUUUAUGAAGCUGCUCGGGAUGGUGCGGUUGUUGUACUUAGUGAUGUUCUUCAGCGAAUGAGCAUCAGUGAAAGAAGCACCGCUUUAGAAACGAAAACGAAACAUGGCGAUCAAAUCACCACUCCCUUAAUCAUCGCCGCUCGCGAUGGAAACCUGGAUUCUGUGAAGAUGCUUCUAAGAUACAAUGGGGACAUCGAAGGUCGAGGAACUGUAAAAGUUGCCGACCAAGUUGUUGAGGGUUGUACAGCUUUGUGGGCUGCCGCGGCGAGUGGACAUCUUGAUGUUGUUAAAUUGUUAAUCGAGCGAAACGCGGAUGUCGACGCCAGAACAUUGACAAACUCGACUCCUUUGAAGGCAGCUGCUUACAUUGGACGCCUUGAUAUUGUAAGUUGUUUGGUUGAAAAUGGGGCCGAUGUCAAUGCAGGUAACAAUUUUGGGCAUACCCCAUUGAUGACAGCAUGCUACAACGGCCACAUAAACGUUGUCUCCCAUCUUAUCGAACGUGGUGCAAAUAUGGAUCUUCAAGACAAACAAGGCAACACCGUCCUGCACUAUGCUGUUGAAACGGGCCACUUUGAGAUUGCCAAUGAACUGCUCGCUCUUGGGGUGUCCCAGUUGCCAAAUAUUCAACGUUUAACACCGCUUCUUUUAGCCAGUACUAAGUGUAAGAUUGACAUUGUGGAGUAUUUUAUAAACAGGCCAGAAUGUACAAAGGAACAGAGAAUUGAAGGACUCGAGCUUCUCGGUGCCACUAUUGCCAAUGAACCUGAUGUUUGUGACAUUAAGAAAACAUUUUACUACAUGAAUCGUGGCAUGGAAGAAAGGGUUCAAGACAAAUCGUGUCCCCUUCUUAAAAAGCAAAUGGAACCUCUUGAAGUUUAUCAGAAUAGAAAAGAGAGUCGAACCCUUGAAGAACUUGCUCUGUUAGAAGGUGAUGAUCACGCCAUCCACAUGGAGGGUCUUAUAAUCAGAGAGAGAAUCCUUGGAACUGAUAAUACAGAACUUCGCCAUCCAAUCAGAUACCGUGGUGCAGUUUUUGCUGACUCAGAGAACUACGAACUAGCCAUUGGUUUGUGGGAACAUGCAAUGGAGAUAGGCCAACGUUGUAAUGUGUCAGUCACAGAAGAUUUAGAAAUGAUGGCAGACUUAUUUGGCGAAAUGGUGCGCAAGGAAGCGCUUUUGAGAUCAGAGUGUGUAGAAGGAGUGUUUGAAAGACUGGUUAUAGAAUAUGAGAGACAAACAGAAAAGUUGAUGUCCAGUACAGCGAAACUGGAGGAACAUGAAGCCAAUUUGCUUAAAGAGGAACUAGAAAAACUGAUUUACUGUGCUCUGUAUCUAUUAAUGAUAUACACCAAAGUCCAAGUUCCAGAAAGGAAGGAGACCACAGGCAUUUUUGACUUUCUGCAAAGAUUUCUUCGUUUAAACCCUCGCACUCGUGAUGGAAAUACACUUUUACACUUGGCUACUUGGUAUAAAACCGAAAUUAAAGAGAAACACGUGCGCCUUGUAUGCAAGCUUUCUUGUGUUAAGACCAUGAAGCUUAUUAUGCAUGCAGGCUGUAAUGUGAACGCCACUAACACCAAAGGAAACAGUCCUCUUCAUUUAGCUGUGACUUUUAGGCCCUGUACCGAAAAUCUUCAGCUGUUAAUGGAUGUGUUGAAGAUAUUGUUUGAUGGAGGAAUCCACGAAGACCUGGUCAACAAUGAAGGGAAAACAGCUAUGGAUAUCGCUGAAACUGAUGAAGCACGCAGGAUCCUUUCUGUGAAGAGCAGACUGAGGUUGAAAUGCAUUGCUGCAAGAGCUAUAAGAAAGUCUGGAUUAUCUUACUUUGGGACAGUUCCUAAGACUCUUGAAAGAUUUAUUAGCACACAUUAGGCUAUUUUAGCUAAGACAAUUUACUUUCUGAGACUUUGGCAGACUUGAGAGGAUCAAUGCUGGCCACAAUAAUAGCAAAAUUAUAAUAAUGAUUUUGCGGCCAAUUUAAGUGCUUUUAUUCAGCUUUCGGAUCAUGGGGUUUUAUGAUUUUUAUUUUAAAGAAAGGGGUGACUAAUGUCAAUACUGGGACCAGAGCAGUUUUCACGUGAGUGUCACAUUUACUUUGGUUUUUCAUCAUACGCGGCUUGAUUGGCUCUAAAACGCUCGCACCAUCCAAGUUAGAUAUUCAAUCACAAGUAAAACCAAAACCAAUAGUAACUCGCUUUCACAAGUGAUCCCCCGCUUCUCGUCAGGGACAUGUAUCUGAUUGAAGUUGUGAUGGGUCGUUCCUUUAGAUUAGCCAGUACUCUGGUUUUGAUCACGCUACGGCACUUUCCUUGCGAACGAAACACGUUCCUUGCCAAUAGUAUAUUUACGAUUUCCCCUUAGCAGCCACUUGUGCGCUAUUGGGCUUACUCGCGUUUGACCAGCAUUGCGGUCACUCCGUCGACCCAGUUUUCUAUAUUAGGUUCAACUUCUGGUAGUAUAUCUACGAAAUAAGAAAUGCUGAAAAAAUGGUGGAGACUAUUUCAAACCACCUUAAGAUUUUUUUUCAUAAGACCUAUAAAUGAAGAUUCUUUGUAUCGUAUACUGAGUUUUUACUUUGUUUGAAGAUUCUGUUUUAACACUGGCUUUGCCUCGUAAUUUGUAUUUUGAGGGUUAAAACAUUAAGUAUUCGAAUGUCGCUUGAAUCCUGUCUUCUCUCGACAACACGAGAAGGAUCCCAAAACAAGACCAUUAUUUUAAUAUCUCUGUAACCCUCUUAAUUAAUAUUGUGUUAGGCUAUGCUUAAUUCUUUGUGAGCAGGGUUUAAUUUCUUAAUAUACCUUGAGUUUAAAUAAUAUAUAAAUUUAGCCAAGCCUAAAAGCGGUUAUUUUUUUCAGUUAUUUUUUAGAAUGUUGUUCCUAAUGAAAAUAAUCCAACAUGUAUGUGAGGUAAACUGCGAACGAUUUAAUAGUUGUAGCCGGACCUAGGAUUACAUCAGCAGAUCGAGGUGUAAGAUGGUGACCCCCGAUGGUGUGAUGAUGAAAAUAGAGCCAUGAUUUUAAGGAUUUCUGGGAAGCCACCAAAAAUCUUGAUCACAUAA